CCAGCCAAUCGAGUGGGAGCAAAUGGAGUUUAGCCAAUCCAGCUGGACGAGGAAGCCAGGAGCCAGUACUUGCGCCUCUCGCCUUCCUGCUGUGGUUGACUCCGCGCAGGGUCGCCCGCCCCUUCAAGGCCCUAGCUCGUUUGUUUGUCCUCACCGCAAGCCCUAAGUGUCCCGUCCCCGAGGCCAUGGGGCGGCAGUGGGGUCCCUCCAUGAGAGCGGCCGAGCAGGCGGGCUGCGUGGUGAGCGCGUCCCGGGCCGAGCAGCCCGAGGAGGGUUUGUGGAGCUGCAGCGGGGUCAUCCUGAGCCGCAACCCGGUCCUGGUGCUGUGCCACGGGGGCAUCUUCACCCCCUUCCUGCGCGGAGGCAGCGGGGCCCUCACCGCGGCUGGCGCCACCUUCCUGCCGGGAGACAGUUGUGGCGACGACCUGCGCCUGCACGUGCAGUGGGGGCCAACGGCCGCGAGUGUCGCUGGCCGCAAGGAGCCCGGCCGCCCAGGGCUGUGCACGCCCCGCUGCGCCGGCCUUGAGCCCUGUAAGGCCGCCCAGCCCCACGGGCGGCUCCUGCAGCCCCCGCACGCGGCCGAGCUGCUGCUGCUGCUGAGCUGCCCGGCCUUUCGGGCCCACUUCGCGCGCCUCUUCGGGAGCGAAGCGGCUGAGCAGUGGCGCUUCGCGAGCGCGGCGCCCGACGAGGAGGUGUCGGGGGAGGAGGAGGAGGACCAGCUGCGGGCUCUGGGCUGGUUCGCGCUGCUGCGCGUGCGGCCCGGCGCGGAGGCGGAGGCGGCGUGCGGGCCUGCCGUGACCGUGGCACCCCUCGGGGCCGUGGCCAAGGGCGCGCCGCUGCUGGCCUGCGGCUCCCCUUUUGGGGCCUUCUGCCCAGACAUCUUCCUCAACACCCUGAGCCGCGGCGUGCUCAGCAACACGGCCGGCCCGCUGCUGCUCACCGACGCGCGCUGCCUGCCGGGCACCGAGGGCGGCGGCGUGUUUGCCGCGCGGCCCGCGGGGGCGCUGGUGGCGCUGGUGGCCGCGCCGCUGUGCUGGAAGGCCCGCGAGUGGGUGGGCCUCACACUGCUCUGUGCCGCCGCCCCACUGCUCCGCGCUGCCCGUGACGCGCUUGCCCACUUACCAGAUGUCGCAGCACUGGCCGCCCUGCUGCCGCCCGAAGUGGGCACCCCGAGGGGCCUGCCCCUGCGAGGCCCCGGACCGCCUUGGGCAGCCGCAGCUGUGCUGGUGGAGUUUGGCAGUGUGUGGGGUUCCGGAGUGGCCAUGGCGCCCCGCCUCGUGGUGACCUGCCGGCACGUGGCCCCUCGGGAGAUGGCCAAGGUCCUGGUGCAUUCUGCCAACCCCAAGAGUGUGGCAAUUUGGGGAUGUGUGGUAUUUGCCACCCAGGAGACUUCUCCCUACGACAUAGCAGUGGUGAGCUUGGAGGAGGAUUUGGAGGGUGUCCCCAUGCCCAGGCCUGCCGAGUACUUCCAUGAAGGUGCAGCUGUCAGUGUGGUCGGCUUUGGUGUCUUCGGCCAGGCCUGUGGGCCCUCGGUGACCUCAGGCAUCUUGUCAGCUGUGGUGCAGGUGGACAACACCCCGGUGAUGCUGCAGACCACGUGUGCUGUGCAUGGCGGCUCCAGUGGGGGACCCCUCUUCUCCACCCACUCGGGGGACCUCCUGGGCAUCGUCGCCAGCAACACCCGGGACAAUAACACAGGGGCCACCUACCCACACCUGAACUUCAGCAUUCCCAUCACGGUGCUCCAGCCGGCGCUGCAGCGGUACCAUCAGACUGGGGACCUGGGUGGCCUCCGAGAGCUGGACCGCACUACUGAGCCCGUCAGGGUGGUGUGGCGGCUGCAGCGGCCCCUUCCUGCAAUCCCAAGGAGCAAGCUCUGAAGCUGUGUCACCCUCUGCAGACAAGAGGGACCAUAGGAAGUGAUAAGGUAGCGGCUGGCUUAGGAUCCAGGGUCCGUUCCUGACUGGUCACAUCCCAGCUGGGCUACCUUGUCUUCUCUGCUGACCACAGUCUGAGCCUCGGGCCCAGGAUCAGACUUCUUUCCAGCCUCAUGGAACCUCAGCCUGACAACUCAUUCUGGGGUGUUUCCUUGAGCCAGAACUUCUCUCUGCCCCAGUAGUAGACUCAGCCUAGGAAGCCAUGUUCCUUCCCGUCUGGGACCCAAGUCACAGUGGCACAGGAGCACUGGUUCUGGUAGGCAGAAGCUGCUCUGUUCCCCCAAGGGCCACUGCCUGUGUCUGCCUGUGUCUUGUGGGCUGGCAGCCCUGGGGUUUGUUCAGGCUACCUCAGCACCGGGCCCUGCUCUUCCACACCCCUAGGCAGGCUGUCGCUGAGAGCCGGGACGCCUGGCCUUCACUCUGACACGGUGCCUUCAUUUACCAGCCCCAGGCCUCCUGAGUCUGGGGAUAGAGGAUAGAACGUGCAGUUGUGUCUUGGAAAUAAACAUG